CACUGACAGAGUUAAGCCUGACAACUGGAUCUUGCAGCCGUCCUUCAGAGGUCUUCAUUCCAGGUGAGAAUAGAGUGAGCUACAAGGAGCCACAGUGUGUUUGUCUGCUGUCAUCUGAUCACAUCUGAUCAUCACACAGUAUCUAACCCAUCAGGAAUCCACUCUGUGUCUUUGAACUGAUCACCAUGGCGGAAGUUAUAGCAGGAACAGCAGCUGGAAUUAUUGGGGAGGCAACAGCGGUCGGUGCUGCAGUUGGUGAAGCUUCUCUCACACAUCGCCAGUGCACCAUUGACAUUAAGAAUGAAUGCAAAUUCAGCCUUUGUAAUCCCAGGAUGUACAUUGAGAGUGGAAGCUGUGCCAUACCUCUGUCACCUCUCAUUGCCCCUUCCAAAUGUGAUGUCGUGGAGUUCAGCAAGACUCCUAACACAGCAUGUGGAUCUGUUGGCGUCCUCACUUAUGAUCUCCUGGAGGAGGAUACAGACCAGCCCACUGAGAAAAUAGCUGUCAUGUUCUCUGUGCCCUUUGACUUUAAUAUGUACUCAAACUUGUACGCAGUGGGAAUCUUUGAAAAGAGCAAAGAGUGUGAUCAUGAUCUUUUUAAUGACAUGUAUUAUUACACCAGCCCAUCAUUUGUCAGGGGUAAAGCGAACGGCCCAGCUCUCAUUCAGGAGGGUGAUCAUGUUAAAGUCAUGGCAACAAUGUCAGACUCCUACCAACCUGUCAUGAAGGUGCAAGUCAUGAACUGCGUGACUAAAAUGUAAAAUGUCAAUCAAUUACUAAAUGACUCACUUGUGUAUUUUACCACAAUUCUGUUGUCGUUUUACAAAUUUAUACAGAUGGUUUUGGUGUAAUCACAUGGGCUGUCAGAGUAAAACACUGAUCUGGAAAAAUGAAAACAUUGUUCCAAUGCAUUCAAAAGGGGGGUUGCAUCUAUACUAAUAUAUAUUGAAAUACAGCAUUUUGAAUGCCUCUCCUCCUUAGCCCCAAAAAUAAAGAAAGCAGAUAAUAUUGAUAUCAUUCUGGAUGGAAAACUCUAUGUGAAAUUUGGCUCAAAAACAACAACAAAAGUUCACAAUUUUCAGUCAACACCACAGAUGAGAACAGGCAAUAAUAAGGGUCUAAAGUAGGGUCUCAACAUAAGUUAUGCUAUAUGUGUUUUUUGGCUGUGUUAUAUCAUUGAAAGGUUACUGACAGUUCCAAACUGAUAUGUAUAAAAUCUGUA